GAUGAGAGCAGAUGCUCCAGUGUACACACCACAAUCUCAGCAGCCUCAGCGAGCCUGGUUCGGCAACGCUGCGCGGGAUUUGCCCUGGACGACAGCACAACUGGCGGCAGAAGCUACGAGAGCUGCCACGACGCGCCAAGGACCAGUUGGAUCGGGUCGAAACUGGCAACCCGAGCUGCAUCAGACAGCUGCCUGUUGAAGCUCCUCGGUGACCUGCCGACAGGCAGGGAUUGCUUGAGUUUGAGUGGCGACAAAGGCAGUUGCCAGGAGCUGCAGCUUUCGGGCGAGCGGCUGCACUUCCGUAAGAUCGAAGGGGAUGGGCCAGAUGCGGGCUGGGUCAGUACGAGGCCCGAGUGGGUUUGCUUGAAUGCAGCUCCGGCUUGCUUUACCUUUCCGGGCAAUGGAGGUUAA